AUGGCGGGUGGCAUGAUGGUGGGUCGCACGAUGCUGGCACCCCUUCUGGUGCUGAACCUCAUCAUGUACAUCGUGGUCAUCGGUUUCGCCAGCUGGAACCUGAACCACUUCAUCAACGGGCAGACCAACUACCUGGGCGUCGCCGGCAACUGCGCCACCUUCUACUUCCUUGUGUUCGCCAUCCUGGCUGGGGUGGUGGGCGCCGCCUCCAAGCUGGCCGGGAUCCACCACGUGCGCUCCGCAGGGCGCGGGGACAGCCUCACCGCCAGCGCGGCCUCCUCCCUCAUCGCCUGGGCUAUCACGGUGCUCGCCUUCGGCCUCGCCUGCAAGGAGAUCCACGUCGGCGGCAAUGCAGAUGGCGCCUCAGGGUGCUGGAGGCCUUCGUCAUCAUCCUCGCAUUCACGCAGCUGCUCUACGUGCUCAUGCUCCACACCGGCCUCUUUGGCGGCAACCAGUCACACGCCCACGGCGGAUACCCCGCGGCGGCGGAUCACUAUGCUGGCGCAGGUGCAGGCGGCGUCGACAAGCCCAUGGCCAGGGUCUAAUUAA